CUCUGGCUUGAUAACAUUUUAAUCAUUACCUGAUUUUUUUCGGGUGGUAAUUAAGCAUAGUAUUGCACUGGUUUUUAAUGUUAUAAUAAAUAAACAGGGAGGCUCUAUAUGAGAAUCCACCUUUUUAUGAACAAAAAUAUAAACAUACAAUGGCCACAGCAAUAUCAUGAGAAAAAAAACUUUAAAAAAGUAGAACAGCAUGACACAAAAAUGAAUAGAUUAUUAUUUUUUCAAAAUUAUCUUUAAUGUGUUUUAAUGUCUUCUCAAAUUGUUUACUCUCUGAUAAAUUGUAUUUGUUGCUAAAUAACAUUUUAACUUACGCGAUUAUUUGCUUAAAUGUUUACUUGUGAUAAGAAAAUAUGAAGAUACGUGUUUUCCAAUUCAUAGGUAAAGCAUGUCCAGAUUUUUGACACGGUUUAGUAAUAGAUUAAUCAUUGUAAGUUGUUAUCUUGAGGAAAUAAAUAAAAAAAACAUGUCAAAUUAUUUUGUAAAUACCAAAAUAUUGUUGAUUUAUUCAUUCUACAUUGCCUUUUAGAUUUCUAUUUCAUAAUUUAAAAAAACGUGGUAAAAAGUUUACAUUAGUCAAUAUGAGCAAGUUAAAUGUUUAUGUUAGUAAAAUAAUAAUAAUGACAUGGCUUACAAGUGAAGCUGCAAAAAAAAAAAAAAAACUUUAAAGAAGGGAUUUUAUUCUGAAGGCUACUUUUAAUUUCGACGGUCUUCCAACGCAGCACAUGUCCCGUUUCCAUAACAACGAGCAACAACGGACAAGAAAAUGGUUCAUAUCACAGAGGAUCUGAUCCGCCGGCGGGCUGAGCACAACGACGGCGAGCUCUUCUCCCUGGAGGAGCUCUCUCUGCACCAGCUGGACAUCGAGAGGAUCCAACACAUCGACAGGUGGUGCUCGAAGCUGGUGAUCCUCUACCUCCAGAACAACCUCAUCCCCAGGAUUGAGAAUCUGGGUCACCUGAAGAGGCUGCAGUACCUGAAUCUGGCUCUGAACAACAUCGAAGUGAUAGAAAAUCUAGAAGGCUGUGAGAGUCUGCAGAAACUGGACCUGAUGGUGAACUUUGUGGGUCGCCUGAGCAGCGUGGAGUCUCUGCGGCACAACGUCCACCUGAGAGACCUCUGCCUGAUGGGGAACCCCUGCAGCCAGUUUGAGGGCUACAGGCAGUACGUCGUGGCUGCUCUGCCGCAGCUCCAGUGUCUAGACGGCACCGAGAUCAGCCGGUCGGAGCGGAUUCAAGCCUCGCACUGUCUGACGGAGGUGAGGAGGCGCAUCCAGGAGGAGGAGAAGGAAUACCUGAAGAGGAGGGCCGAGCAGAAGGAGGCCAUGAGGAGGAAAGGUGGAGACAUGGACUCUCUGGAGAAUCAGGAUCUGCAGGAGAAGCAGAGGAGCUCCGAGGCAGACGAGGAGCGGCAGGAGCAGGAGUUCUGGCAGAAGCCGUGUGCCUUCACCCCUGAGUCUCGUCUGCAGGUUCACCACCACCUGCAGGAAAAGAGGAAGGUCAAAGAGAAGAAAACAGAGGAGAAGCAAACAUGUCCAGCUUUGUUUGGAGCUAACGGACAAGUUUUGAACAUUAAUGAAGCAAAGCUCAAUUUCCGUCUCACUGAAGAUGAAGACAACAACACUAUAGUGUUGGACCUUGCAGUUUACAGACACAUGGACACAUCGCUGAUUGAUGCAGACGUGCAACCAACCUACGUUAGAGUCAGCAUCAAAGGAAAGAUUUUUCAGAUUGUCCUGCCUGCAGAAGUGAAGCCUGACUCUUCCACGGCACAGAGGUCCCAAACCACAGGACACCUGCUCCUGACCAUGCCCCUGGCUGACGGUGAAAUCAAAGGACACCGGACCGUCUCACACCAGCGCAAAGCAUGUCAGAGCAGACACGGCGCCCUGCAGGAGGCCAGUGAAAGAAAAAAUCUCCCUGAGAGGCUGGAGGUUGAUCCAAGCAAGCGUUCAUCCAUUGAUUUUACCAACAUCGUCUCCCAGGAAAGCUCCAGAGAAGGUCGAUGGAAAACUCCGCCCCUUUCCACAGACUCACCCUCUGAGGAAUUUGUGGACGACCCUGACGUCCCACCACUUGUAUAAGACGUGUCCUGAGAGAUUUUGGGAACAAAUAGAAGAACAAUUAACUGAAUCCCAGAAAAUGCUACAAAAUAAACACAAGCAGGAGUCACACGAGCAGAACUGAAACAUCUUCAUCCAAAAUAAUAUUUGCCCUUAAAAUAAAAGUCUAGAUCAGAACCAACCUGAUGCAUCUGUUUGACUUUCAGAAUAAAAUACUCAAAAGGUUUCUGAUGUAAUUUCAAUGAUAAAUUGAAUGUGGAGAGUUUUCAUGUAGACACAAACUGCAGGUAUUCUAUAUUAACUAACAUUUAUGGCCAGAGACAGCUCAUUUACUCAUGAUUUAUGACUUUUAUGUCUCACAUUUAGGAGUCGUUUUAAAGGAUUUGUCAGAAUUUUCUUUGUUUUUACUUUAUUUUUUCCCAGCUGUAUUUCAAGAACAAAUAAAGAAAUCAAAACUGUAAGGAUAUUUUGCUCAUAUGAUAUAAAAAAACCUCUACUGUCACUAAAGUUUCAUUUUAACUAAAAAAUACAAAGUGUUUUCAUGGAAAAUAUGGAUUUAUAGUUUGGGUUUUUUAUAAUAGAAAGUUCUCAGAUAACUAAAUUGCUGAACAAACAUGAUCUUCAGCUUCAAUAUUUCUUCUUGGUGAUGUUAGUAUGUUGAGGGAAAAAUAAUAAUUUACCCAGAGCCUUUUCCUGUGUCCUGUUUCCCCCAUUUUUGUGGCUGUUUUCUGUCUUUCUGAAGCUCCCAUCAUCUUCCUCCCUGAAUGUCCACACAGAUAUUCUUCCAGGCUCUUUUCUAGCCCAGAGGACGUCAGCCCAGAGAUGUCUCAAAGUGACUCAGUUUCUCCUUGGAAAAUGCUCUGAAGCCUCUGAAAGUCUUUUCUCUGAUGUCCCAUCAGAAAACCCAGAGGUCACAGCUUCCUCCUCUUCCUCCUCUUCCUCCUCCCUCGCAGCCUGCAGGGUCAUCCUGACAGCCUCACUGGUCUUUUAAUAUCCACUCUUCUACACUCAAGUCUCCCUCCGUCAUAGAAGUAUAAGGUUUUAAACUAAACUCAAUGUAGACCAAUUCAGAAUACACUAAACAUUUACUGAUCUGACAACAAAAAUGACUCCAACAGCUUAAUAAUUUCACUGCAAAAUGGAUAGAAUAGAAACAAAGGGAAGAAGUGAUGAACAAAUUUCAGCUCACAGCUUCAUGACAAAAUGUUCUGAUGACUGUAAUCAGGGGCAUGAACUGACCACCAGCACUUCUGUGAAAGCGAAAGCUUUGUCGUGUUCUUUGCAAUCAAAUCUCCGAGGAGGAAAACGAGUCUCUGAGUCUAAAAUGAUCAGAUGGAAACCACAAUUCUUCUGGGAGGAAAUAAAUGAAAGCACCUCCACCUGAAUACAAGACCACACACUGAUCAGAGACGCUGCAAACAUAGAAGGAGCAGCAUCUCUGAUGGCUUUGGUCUGAAGGUUACAUUUUCUUUCAUUUUUUUUAAUAAUUUGAAAAAGAGGAAAUCCAGAAAACAGCUACACCCUCCUGACUACCAAAGACAAAUGAUUGUCUAGUCAACCAAAAAAUAAAAAUAAAAA